AUGCGAUGCGCGAAUAAGGCAGCUGAGAGCGCGUCUGCACGUCUCUGUGCGCACGCCGAAGCAGAAACCGCUGCAACCGAUGUGUCAUCGAUUGCUGGAUCGUCUCAGUCUGUAUCACCUGGUGAUGCAGACACUCGUCAUGAAGACACUCAUGUCUUCACAGAGUAUGAGCUCGGUGUCUCAUACUCUCCUGAUACGGAAGACGGAUCCGUAUCGAAGGCGAUUGAAUCCAAGCCGCCUGCCAAGCGUGGCAUGGAUGAUGCUAUGCGUCGUAGCAUCUUUGGUUCAUCUGAUGAAUCAGAUGAACCAUCGCCAAAGCGAAGGCGCUCGAGAUCGCGAGACUCGGGCGCUCACAGUGGUGUCGAUUCUCAUAUUGACACCACUUCGCAGCGAGGUACCAGUACUUCUGUCGGCACGUCGCAGGAAGAGCGGGACUGCAGAGUGUUGCGUCUUGCUCCCGAAAAGAAAGCAUGGCUGCCUCCAAAGUCAGUCAUGAAUCUCUUGUCGGCGACGACAAGUCGAACAUAA